UGCACAGUCAGGACCAGAGAGAGGGGACACCAUGACCCCCACCAUCACAGCCCUGCUCUGCCUCGGGCUGAGUGUGGGCCUGAGGACCCCAGUGCAGGCAGGGACCCUCCCCAAACCCACCCUCUGGGCUGAGCCAGGCUCUGUGAUCUCAAAAGGAAGCCCUGUGACCAUCUGGUGUCAGGCAACCCAGGAGGUCACGGAGCUUUGUCUGGAUAAAGAGAGAAGCCCAGUGGCCUGGGACAGAAAAUGCCUACAGAUGCCCGGGGACAAGGCCAAGUUCCCCGUCGCAUACAUGACCCAGCAUUGUGCAGGGAGAUAUCGCUGUUACUAUCUCAGCCCCAAUGGCUGGUCAGAGCCCAGUGACCCCCUGGAGCUGGUGGUGACAGGAGCCUACAGCAAACCCAGCCUCUCAGCCCUGCCCAGCCCUGUGGUGACCUCAGGAGGGUAUGUGACCCUCCAGUGUAGCUCAUGGCAGGGAUUUGACAGGUUCAUUCUGACUAAGGAAAGAGAUCAUAGGUUCUUGUGGACCCUGGAUUUACAACCACAGCCCAAGGGGCAGUCCCAGGCCCUGUUCCCUGUGGGCCCUGUGACCCCCAGCCACAGGUGGAGGUUCAGAUGCUAUGGCUAUUACAGGAACAAACCCCAGGUGUGGUCACACCCCAGUGACCCCCUGGAGCUCCUGGUCUCAGGGCACCUGCCUGACAGACCUGCCCUCUCGGUGCAGCCAGGCCCCAGGGUGUCCUCAGGAGACAACGUGACCCUGCUGUGUCAGUCACAGAGCCAGAGGGACACUUUCCUUCUGUCCAAGGAGGGGCAGCUGAUCCCCCCGAGUCUUAGGUCAAAGCACGGAGCUCAGCUGUCCCAGGCAGAGUUCCCCAUGAGUCCUGUGACCUCAGCCCACGGAGGGACCUACAGGUGCUACAGCUCAGUCAGCACCAACCCCCACCUGCUGUCCCAGCCCAGUGAGCCCCUGGAGCUCCUGGUCUCAGGUCCCCUCCUCCCCAAGCCCACCCUCUGGGCUGAGCCAAGCUCUGUGAUCCGCUGGGGGAGCUCUGUGACCAUCUGGUGUGAGGGGACCCGAGGGGCUCGGGAGUAUCAGCUGGUUAAAGAAGGAAGCCAAGUGCCCUGGGACAGACAGAAGCCACUGGAACCCGGGGACAAGGCCAAAUUCUCCAUCACACAGAUGACAGAGCUACAUGCAGGGAGAUAUCGCUGUUACUAUCUCAGCCCCAAUGGCUGGUCAGAGCCCAGUGACCCCCUGGAGCUGGUGGUGACAGGAUUCUACAGCAAACCCAGCCUCUCGGCCCUGCCCAGCCCCGUGGUGGCCUCAGGAGGGAACGUGACCCUCCAGUGUGGCUCAUGGCAGGGAUUUGGCAGGUUCAUUCUGACUAAGGAAGGAGACCACAGGCCCCCCUGGACCCGGGACUCACAGCCACAGCCCAGUGGGAAGCUCCAGGCCCUGUUCCCCGUGGGCCCCGUAAGCCCCAGCCACAGGUGGGCCUUCAGAUGCUACGGCUGUUACAGGAACACCCCCCAGCUGUGGUCAGAGCCCAGUGACCCCCUGGAGCUCCUGGUCUCAGGUGAGUCCCGUUACUGUCCCAUCCAUGGGUUGAAGCACCAGGCAGGAGGCUCUGAGGAUCGGCCCCUCCCCACCACGGAGUCAGACAAGCAGAGGGGUCUCAGUUGGAACCUGCCCGUCCUGAUCGGGGUCUCAGUGGCCCUCAUCCUCCUCCUUUCCCUCCUCUCCCUCGUAAUCUUCCUCGCCCUCCGACACCGGCGUCAGGGCCAACGCAGGACGUCGGAUGCUGCCAUGAAGGACCCAGAGCCUGGGGAGAGUGUGGAGCUGGACCCUCAGAACAGGCAGGACGCAGACCCCCAGGGAGGGAUGGACGCCCAGGGGAACCACUCAGGAUCCAGACUCAGGCAGGGAGUGGCCCCCUCGCCCUCCUCUCUGCCAGGGGGAUUGCAGGACACGAAGGGCAGACAAGCAGGAAAAGUCACUCAGGUGGAUCGCAUCUUCUUCAGUGUCCUAGCUGCUGCAUCUGAUGUCCUCCAAGAUACAACCUACUCCCUGCUGAAGGGAUUGGCCCUCACGUAG